AUGUUCGGUAUCUCGUCCAAACGUCCAAGGGGCCAUGAGGAGCUUGCCGAUUUUGAAAGUAGCGCUAUCCCCGAGAGAAAGAAACACCGUUCUUUAGCUCUCCGCACAUCCUCACACUGCUCUCAGAAGCCCACCUUUACAGAAGCGAACCAAGCUAUUGCGGAGUUCGGUUUAUCUACAUUGACACCUGUGGAAUCCUCGGAUGAUGACGAUGGUAAUGACCGACAUAGAAAGCACGUGCGUGCCAGCUUGACUCAUAGUAAGGGGGAGCUGCCCCACCAGGCAGCCCAUUGUCACGCUUCCAAUACAGCAAUGGAUAUAGAUCACGAUAGAGACAUGCUGCCGCCGAGCGGUGAUCGCGCCCAGUACCCAUGGCCACCCAGUGCACGCGGCAAUGAGGAUAUUCAACCAUCGCCAAUCCCCCACAGCCUAGUUAAUCAGUAUCUGACCAUCAGUGAGCGGCAUGCGGCAACGUCCACGUAUGGAUAUUUCCCCCCAACGACGAGCGAUCAUGAUUCUACGUUGUCUACACGUUCUCACGGCGCAACCCCACCUUGCUUUGAUAUUCAGCGCCUCCCCAGUCCAAUCAGUGACGGUGAAGAUGCGAUGGCCAGCAUCAAAGACACUGCGAGUGACGUGGAUAUGGCCUACAACCCGUCUCGCCCUGCCUCAUUCUCUCCCUCCACAUGGAUAGGGACGGAGCGGAGCUCGCCCAACAUGCAAGAGGCCAUACCCUCGUUAAUGGAAAGUGCGAAAGAUACGCUAUCGGAAUCCAAGCCAAAGAGUGUGUCAAACAAGAAGAAAAUCACCAUCUCAAUGGGGUUUCGAGCCGACUGUGAAAAGUGCCGGUGCAAGGUGCCCGGCCACUAUAGUCAUAUCAUCCGUGCCUGA